AUGAAAAAUCCAGUCAUUCUUUUCCUGAUCUUGAUCGCAUCAGCUCAAAUCCCCACCACCGCCGCCGCCACACUGGUGGCGCCGCUCAAAAAGGACACCGCCACCUCCCUCUACACAAUAACCCUCAACUCCGGCGACCGCUACGCCGUCGACCUCAGUGCCCCAUUCUCCUGGCGCGUCUGCCCCACGCGCCGCCGACCCACGGCGGUGCCCUGCUUCUCCACCGAAUGCAUCCAAGCCACCUACCUCCUCUCCCCCACAUGCUCCCUCCCAAUCACCCCACCACCGCCGGAAACCACCCCCUGCACCGCCUGUACAGUCACCCCUAUAAACCCAAGAACCAAAUCAUGCGCCUCCGCCCAACUCACCACAAAAACCCUAACCCUAUCUUCCACCAAUCCAACGGCCAAGAUUACCUUAAACAACACGUUUUUAUCAUGUGCUCCAAAACCCCUUCUGCAAUCUCUCCCAAAAGGAGUUGUCGGCUUAGCAAGCCUUUCUUUAGCUCCAUUAUCUCUCCCAUCUCAACUCUCCGCAAAUCUCGCACUUUCUAGAAGUUUCGCAAUUUGCUUGCCGAGCACAAAUUCCGCAAACGGCGUCGUUUUCUUCGGAGACGGGCCCUACAAACUUCUCCCGCCGACAAAUUUCGACGCGGCGGAUCUUCUUUCCUACACGCCGAUGCUUCGAAACCCUAAAACCGCGGAUUACUUUAUAGGAAUCAAGUCGUUGUCAAUAAACGGAAACUCCGUAAUUACGAUGUCGCCGUUCGAAGGAAUCAAGAUCAGCACGUUCGUACCUUACACGACUCUUCGGAGAGACGUUUACAAACUCUUUCGUAAAUCUUUCUUGAAUUCGAUGAAGAAUAUUCCCCGUACUAAGAGUGUGAAGCCGUUCAACACGUGCUUCAAUGCUACCGCAAUAGGGUUUAGUCGAGUGGGGUUGCAUGUGCCUCAAAUCGAUUUGGAGUUUGCUAAUGGCAAGAAUUGGACAAUUUACGGGGCGAAUUCGAUGAAGCAAGUAGGCGGCGAUUCGGCUUGUCUUGCGUUUUUGGAUGGCGGGAAAAUGGCGGAGUACUCGAUAGUGAUCGGCUCGUUCCAAAUGGAGGAUAAUUUCUUGUUGUUUGAUAUCGAUCGAUCUAGGCUUGGUUUUAGUUCUUCCUUGUACUUUGAAAGGAUGACGUGUAAUGGUUUCAAUUUUACAUCUAAGGUUUGAUUUUUCAACUUAUGUUGUUCUAGAUUUGUUUGUUCAUCCUUGUAAUAUAAGCAUAUGUAACAAGAUUUUGAA